AUGCUGGGGCGGAGGGCGCAGUGGCUGUGCUGGUGGUGGGGGCUGCUGUGCAGUUGCUGCGGGCCCCCGCCGCUUCGGCCGCCCCUGCCCGCCGCCGCCGCCGCCGCCGCCGCCGGCGGGGGGGCGCUGCUGGGGGACGGCGGGAGCCCCGGCCACGCGGAGCAGCAGCCGCCGCCGCCACAGUCCUCCUCCUCCUCCGGCUUCCUCUACCGGCGGCUCAAGACGCACGAGAAGCGCGAGAUGCAGAAGGAGAUCCUCUCGGUGCUGGGACUCCCGCACCGGCCCCGACCCCUGCAUGGCCUCCAGCAGUCGCAGCCCGCUGCGCUCCCUCAGCAGCAGCCUCGCGGGGACCCCCCUCCCGGACGGCUAAAGUCUGCGCCCCUCUUCAUGCUGGAUCUGUACAACGCCCUGGCUGCGGACGACGACGAGGACUGGGCGUCGGGGGAGGAGAGGCGGCAGCAUGGGCCCCACGGAGGGGUAGGCUUGUCCCAGCAACGGCAGCCGCCCCCAGGCGCGCCGCCCCGGGUCAACGGCAAGAGCCUCCUGGCCGCGGGACCGGGCGGCGGCGCGUCCCCACUGACUAGCGCGCAGGACAGCGCCUUCCUCAACGACGCGGACAUGGUCAUGAGCUUUGUGAACCUGGUGGAGUACGAGAAGGAGUUCUCCCCUGGCCAGCGACACCACAAAGAGUUCAAGUUCAACUUAUCCCAGAUUCCUGAGGGUGAGGCGGUGACGGCUGCAGAAUUCCGCAUCUACAAGGACUGUGUUGUGGGGAGUUUUAAAAACCAAACUUUUCUUAUCAGCAUUUAUCAAGUCUUGCAGGAGCAUCAGCACAGAGACUCUGACCUAUUUUUGUUGGAUACCCGCGUGGUGUGGGCCUCAGAAGAAGGCUGGCUGGAAUUUGACAUCACGGCCACUAGCAAUCUGUGGGUCGUGACCCCACAACACAACAUGGGGCUUCAGCUGAGCGUGGUGACUCGGGAUGGACUCACCAUCAACCCUCGAGCGGCAGGCCUGGUGGGCAGAGACGGCCCUUAUGACAAGCAGCCCUUCAUGGUGGCCUUCUUCAAGGUCAGCGAGGUCCACGUGCGCACCACGAGGUCAGCCCCCGGGAGGCGCCGACAGCAGAGCCGCAAUCGCUCCACCCAGUCCCAAGAUGUUUCCCGGGUCUCCAGCGCUUCCGAUUACAACAGCAGUGAGUUGAAAACGGCCUGCAGGAAGCAUGAGCUUUAUGUGAGCUUCCAAGACCUGGGAUGGCAGGACUGGAUCAUCGCACCCAAGGGCUACGCUGCCAACUACUGUGAUGGAGAAUGCUCCUUCCCACUCAACGCGCACAUGAACGCUACGAACCACGCGAUCGUGCAGACACUGGUUCACCUUAUGAAUCCCGAGUAUGUCCCCAAACCAUGCUGCGCGCCAACCAAGCUGAACGCUAUCUCGGUUCUUUACUUUGACGACAACUCCAAUGUCAUCUUGAAAAAAUACAGGAAUAUGGUUGUCAGAGCUUGUGGGUGCCACUGACUCCAAACCAGCGGCUGGGGACACAGAGACUGACUUGGGUUCCCAGGUGACAGCUGCCUUAAAAAAAGAAAAACAUGCAGGAGCACGGCAAAGGGGGAGGCAAAGCUUUGAAGCUGCCCCAGGCUGGCCGGUGCCUUAGUGCCCAAGAUUUUCAAGGGCCUCGUGGAGAAUUGGCUCACGCAGUACAUAACGUGGGUAGAUGCUGGUCUGCAGGAAGCGGGGUUUGGAUGUCUGUAGUAUGAAGUCUGGGAACUUUUUAGAAACAUAAUAUGGAAGGGAUCCCCCACCCCCGCCAAAAAAAAAGAAGAGCCCACCAGAAUUAGUUUUAGCUUUAGAUCAAGCUAUUUGUGGUGUUAGUGAGUCAAUAGGGAAAAUCAUCUUAAAGGAGUAAGAGUAUUCUUGGCUAAAGUUAUCGGCCCGUUCUGUAGCGUCAGAGGUAGGUCUGUAUAGAUAACUGGAAUUGGUGGGGGCGCCCCUCUUCACAGCCGGCCUCCGCGGGGCAGUCUCACGCAGGGUCAGCAGCCCGGGCCAUCCCCAGGGCUGUGUGAAGUGCCUUUCUCUCUGCCCCAGCCCUCAGUGUUUGCGCUGGAGUUCUGUCGAUGGGAAAAUACACUUACUUUGGUCAAACCAACCAUGUCCUUUCCACACCGCAUCGCCCCCAUUAGCUGUUCUCCUUGCUAGUGCCCACAGUAGAGCAAGUAGGUAUUGGGGUGAGGCCGCAGGGGGCAGGUCAGCCGGGUGCUGCAGGAAACCAGCGCUGCGCCCCUUCUCUAGCGGAAUAGCUCUUGGAAAAGCACGUGAACUCCAGGAACGUCAGCUCUAAUAAUUCACCUCUUUCAGUCAAGUGGUUCUUUACCUUUUCCUCGACAGCAUGCCAGGUGGCAGGGUUAGAACCCACAAAGGAAACAAAAUGGGGAGGGACCCUCUCCCCCCACGCCCCGGGCCACCAGGAGAGGGUCUGGAUGGGCAUGCCCUUAGGAACCCGAAUCCCAGUUUUCUCUUGUAGAAAGGAAGACUCAGAUGAAAUCGUAGAGUAUUUUUAAAGUGUCUUUUUCACAAUCAUGUACUAGGAAGCCAAUUUCAUACUAAACUGAUUAAAUAAUACAUUUAUGAUCUAAAA